CCCGGGUUGGCGACGCAUGCCCAGUGAGGUCCUCUUGGCUGCCGCCGCCGCCGGGGCCACCGCCCACUCGGGGCUGGCCAGCGGCGGGCGGCCGGGGCACAGAGAAGGGCACGCCUGGGCGAGCGCACGGCUAUGGCCCCGUGGCUGCAGCUCUGCUCCGUCUUCUUCACAGUCAACGCCUGCCUCAACGGCUCGCAAGUGGCUGUGGCCGCUGGCGGGUCGGGCCGCGCGCGGGGCGCCGACACCUGUGGCUGGAGGGUAAGGCGAGGGCGGCGGGUAUGUUGCUGUAGCCAACUCGCGGGGGACGCAGCUCGCACAGGUGCUCGCGGGGAGGCGAGCUCGCGCCAGCCUGUCUGCUCUCCGCGGCUUUCGCGGCCGGCCGGGGUCCCGCUCCUCCCGCGCAUCUUCCUGCUUUGCUUUCCCUCCCGGGGCGCGCGUCCUCCGGCCCCCGCCGGGGUGAAAGCGUCUGCCGGACCCAGGCUUUGUGUUGCUAAUGAGGGAGUGGGGCUGGCCAGCAGAAACAGUGGGCUGCACAACAUCACCUUCAAGUAUGACAACUGUACCACUUACUUGAAUCCAAUGGGGAAGCACAUGAUUGCUGACGCGCAGAACAUCACCAUCAGCCAGUAUGCUUGCCAUGACCAAGUGGCAGUCACCAUUCUUUGGUCCCCAGGGGCCCUUGGCAUUGAAUUCCUGAAAGGAUUUCGGGUAAUACUGGAGGAGCUGAAGUCGGAGGGAAGACAGUGCCAACAACUGAUUCUAAAGGAUCCGAAGCAGCUCAACAGUAGCUUCAAAAGAACUGGAAUGGAAUCUCAACCUUUCCUGAAUAUGAAAUUUGAAACGGAUUAUUUUGUAAAGGUGGUCCCUUUUCCUUCCAUUAAAAAUGAAAGCAAUUACCACCCUUUUUUCUUCAGAACACGAGCUUGUGACCUGUUGUUACAGCCGGACAACCUGGCUUGUAAACCCUUCUGGAAGCCUCGGAACCUGAAUAUCAGCCAGCAUGGUUUGGACAUGCAGGUGUCCUUCGAUCACGCACCGCACAACUUCGGCUUCCGUUUCUUCUAUCUUCACUAUAAGCUCAAGCACGAAGGACCUUUCAAGAGAAAGACCUGUAAGCAGGAGCAAAAUACAGAGAUAACCAGCUGCCUCCUUCAAAAUGUUUCUCCAGGGGAUUAUAUAAUUGAGCUGGUGGAUGACACUAACACAACAAGAAAAGUGAUGCAUUAUGCCUUAAAGCCAGUGCAUUCCCCGUGGGCUGGGCCCAUCAGAGCCGUGGCCAUCACAGUGCCACUGGUGGUCAUAUCGGCAUUCGCGACGCUCUUCACUGUGAUGUGCCGCAAGAAGCAACAAGAAAAUAUAUAUUCACAUUUAGAUGAAGAGAGCUCUGAGGCUUCCACAUACACUGCAGCACUCCCGAGAGAGAGGCUCCGGCCGCGGCCAAAGGUCUUUCUCUGCUAUUCCAGUAAAGAUGGCCAGAAUCACAUGAAUGUUGUCCAGUGUUUCGCCUACUUCCUGCAGGACUUCUGUGGCUGUGAGGUGGUUCUGGAUCUGUGGGAAGACUUCAGCCUCUGUAGAGAAGGGCAGAGAGAAUGGGUCAUCCAGAAGAUCCACGAAUCCCAGUUCAUCAUUGUGGUUUGUUCCAAAGGCAUGAAGUACUUUGUGGACAAGAAGAACUACAAACACAAAGGAGGUGGCGGAAGCUCCGGGAAAGGAGAGCUCUUCCUGGUGGCGGUGUCAGCCAUUGCCGAAAAGCUCCGCCAGGCCAAGCAGAGUUCGUCCGCGGCACUCAGCAAAUUCAUUGCUGUCUACUUUGAUUAUUCCUGUGAGGGAGACGUCCCUGGUGUCCUAGACCUGAGUACUAAGUACAAACUCAUGGACAAUCUUCCCCAGCUCUGUUCCCACCUGCACUCGCAAGACCAUGGCCUCCGGGAGCCGGGGCAGCAUGGGCGACACGGCAACAGAAGGAACUACUUCCGGAGCAAGUCAGGCCGGUCCCUGUAUGUCGCCAUUUGCAACAUGCACCAGUUUAUCGACGAGGAGCCCGACUGGUUUGAAAAGCAGUUCAUUCCCUUUCAUUCUCCUUCACUGUUCUACCGGGAGUCAGUCUUGGAGAAAUUUGAUUCCGGCUUGGUUUUAAAUGAUGUCAUGUGCAAACCAGGGCCCGAGGGCGAUUUCUGCCUAAAGAGAGAUGCAGCCGUUCUUGGGGCAACUGGGCCAGCCGACUCCCAGCUCGAGAGUCAGCACGGGGCCCUGGACGAAGACGUGGAGGCCCGGCCAGCCCUUGACUGUGGUGCCGCCCUGCAGCCCCUGCUGCACACGGUGAAAGCCGGCAGCCCCUCAGACAUGCCGCGGGACUCAGGCAUCUAUGACUCGUCUGUGCCCUCAUCUGAGCUGUCUCUGCCGCUGAUGGAAGGACUCUCGACGGACCAGACAGAAACGUCUUCGCUGACAGAGAGCGUGUCCUCCUCUUCAGGCCUGGGUGAGGAGGAACCUCCUGCCCUUCCUUCCAAGCUCCUCUCUUCUGGGGCAUGCAAAGCAGAAUUUGGUUACCGCAGCUGCACUGAUGAACUCCACGCGGUCGCCCCUUUGUAACAAAAUGGAAGAGUCUAAGCAUUGCCACUUUAGCUGCUGCCUCCCUCUGAUUCCCCAGCUCCUAAUCUCCCUGGUUGCAUGGCCCACUUGGAGCUGAGGUCUCAUGCAAGGAUAUUUGGAGUGAAAUGCUGGCCAGUACUUGUUUUCCCUUGCCCCAACACUCUACCAGAUAUCUGGGCAAACUCUCCAAUUUUCUAAAAUGCUAUGGAGAUUUGAAAAGCAUGUCCAUAAGGUCUGACAACAGCAUUUGGUUAGUCCUUGGAUCAGAGCCAGUUGUGGGAGGUAGGGAAGAAAUAUGUAAAGAAAAACAGGAAGAUAUCUGCACUGAUCAUUCAGACUUCAUUGAGCUCUGCAAACUUUUCCUGUUUGCUAUUGGCUACCUUCAUUUGAAAUGCUUCGUGAAAAAAGGCACUUUUAACAUCAUCGCAGCCACAGAAAUCAAGUGCCAGUCUAUCUGGAAUCCGUGUUGUAUUGAAGAUAAUGUCCUCAUUUAUUUUUGAUGUAGAAUUAACAUUGCCAUGGGUGUUAAAUAAGCUUUGAGUCAAAAGUCAAGAAAGUGACUGAAUAUACAGUCACCUUUUAUGAAAUGAGUCUCUGUGUUACUGGGUGGCAUGACUGAUUGAAGUGAAGGUCACAGGGCCUGGCUGAUCAUCUUGACCUUUCCAUCUGAGAUAGGUUGGUCAACAUGCAGAAGGCCCCAGGACCUCAGCACAGGCAGCUUCCUCUUGGUCUGAGUAGGCAUCAUGCAGGGGCCAGAUCUGCCUGCUGUUCCAUGGGUUACAUUUAUUGCUGUAUCUCACAUGUUGGUGUCUGGAAGUUUAUUCUUAAGAGACUGCUACCCAGCUGGUCUGAAUUAUUGGAAGUUGCAGCUUGUGCUUUGGUUAGUCUCUGGCCUAAGCUGUGUCCUGAACAUUAGAGAUCAGAAUUCACUGAAAUAUAGCAGUGUGUGGAGGUGAUGGCCAGUUAAUCUGCUGAACUGGUUUUGACUAAUGACAAAUCUCUUUUUAAGAAGGGAGAAUGGAGGAGGCAGUCACAAAAGUAAAUGUUCCAUUUUUAUGAAUGACUUUCUACAGAGUUUCUGUUUCUAAAGAAAAAACAAUUGUUCACGUCUCAUCUGAUGACUAGCAUGUGUGUAGUGAAUGAUGUCUUGGUCUCGCCUGUGGAAACUCUUUUCCCUGUGCCUUACAGCAGGUGUGGACAUCUCUUACUACCUUUCUCAUGGGUGCUGUUGGAUUUUGGCACCUUGUUUUCUCAGCAUUCACCCCGGGGACUGUGGUUUUCACUCCUUUGUUAGAUAGGACCAACAUGAAGGAGUAUGCUGAGAAACCCUGAGGCAGGGUGGGAGGUGGGAUGGGGCAGGACUUUCCCUUCCAAGCACAUGCUUGGCAGGUGGUGAAAGGGGGGCUUGCACCCCUGCUGAAAGAAAAGGUUUGUGUAUAUUUCUGAUGCAAAUGUCAUACUCACUGCUCUGUAAAGGCAGCUGGCAGCUUUUGGGAGAAGAGCGUGCUCGUCUGUUCUGUGGCAUCAAAUUUCCUGCAGCUGCUCUGAGGGAGAGACAGUGAGCUGCAAGACUAUCUCCCAUAAAACCAGGCAGCUCAGAGGAGAGUCAUUUCAUGUUCCUGUGAAAUCUGGAAUGAGUGCAAAGCUCCUACCCACACAUGACUGCCCCGCUGUUUCAUCCUAGGCAUACAUUCUGUGAAGGAGAUUGGUUAGUCCAAACUUGCUAACAUAUGAAAAUCCAUUUGGGCCGGGCGCGGUGGCUCAAGCCUGUAAUCCCAGCACUUUGGGAGGCCGAGGCGGGUGGAUCACGAGGUCAAGAGAUCGAGACCAUCCUGGUCAAGAGAUCAAGACCAUGGUGAAACCCUGUCUCUACUAAAAAUACAAAAAAUUAGCUGGGCAUGGUGGCGUGUGCCUGUAAUCCCAGCUACUCAGGAGGCUGAGGCGGGAGAAUUGCUUGAACCCAGGAGGCGGAGGUUGCGGUGAGCCGAGAUCGUGCCAUUGCACUCCAGCCUGGGUAACAAGAGCGAAACUCCGUCUCAAAAAAAAAAAAAAAAAGAAAAUCCACUUAUUUUCUUUUUGAGAUUUCUUACUGAGGCCAAGGGAUAUUUCUUGUCCCAAAGGAACCAUUAGGAACCACUUUUAGGAUAUUCAGCUUUGCUCAUGAAAUAAGGCAUCUCUGAGAAAGUGGCCUCAGGGAGAGAAUGGAGGACUGGGAGGAGAAGCAUUAACUGGGCUCCACGGGUGUGGGCAGAGAGCUUGCUACAUGAAUGUAAUCCUUAUGAAAAUGGAAGGGGAAAAGGGGGUGCUACUUAAAAAAUCGGGAUAUUUUAGUUUGGAUUUAGGGUUUUAAUACUUAUGUUGAAAUACUAAUGUUUCUGAUCAACAAAAUCAAACUCUUAAUAUACCAAGUAGUGAAACGACAGUGUGAUUGCCUGAGAAUAAAUUGAGAAAUCCAACUUCCUAGUUUUGCUUCAUUAGUUUCACUUUUUCUACUCUCCCCAUUAUGCUAGAAAUAGAAAUGGUUGCCCUGCAGAUUAAGGCAAAACAUCUGUUUUAAGCAAAGCUGCAUUUUUUUUGACUCAGAAACUGUCCCUGACAAUGGAUAUAAUAAGAUGAAAUUCAGAAAAAUGUUCUGCCAAUUCACAGGCCUUUAGCUAUUGCGGAAACAAAAAAUGGAAAAUAGGGGUAAGCUCCAUGAGAGACCUUGAUCUUGAGAGUAAAAGGUUUAUGUGGAUAGUUUAGACAAUAUCUUCUAGAAAGGAGACCAGGGGUAAGACCAGGGUUCCAGGAAACCAAGAAGCCUGCAGGUAGCUGAAGGUAGUGUGCUAGUUGUUCAUCUUAAUUUACCAACGCUCUACAGAAAGGACUUAGCAUCUGAUGUAGUCAGCUUUGCCAGGAGAGUGAUCAAGGAGGUUAAAGCUCAGGUAAAGGUGUUCUUCUCAGAGAUUGGCUACAAGCAACAGAGACCACCUCAACAGACCCAGCUCAGCCAUACAGGGUCCAGAAGCUCCUCCAGGGGCUGUCUUGGGCCUUUGAGGCAUCUGAUCUCCAGAAAGAAUCAGAAGUCAUUCCAGUCCAGGCCCAGGUAUUCAGAUGCUGACCCAGCCAGAUAAUAGUAUCUUGAGCCAAAAAUGAGAUCAGGCCAUAAAGUUAGGAGACAGAGUUUUUGAUUGACAUGUUAGCGAUAACUGAAGACAGUCUCAGAAGUUCAGUAAAAUGUCUUUAGCAAUGGCGACAUCAUUGGGAUCUAUGUGUAGUAAGUCACGGAUCUUUAAGUUUAUGUAUGUUUGUCAAAGUUCAGUCUUACAACUUCAUAGCCACAAGUAUCUUUUCAAAAAUACCAGCUGUUAGUCUAGGGUCUCCUGACUUCAGUGCAAAUAAACGGGAAGACUGUCCUUCCAAAAAUGUGGGGUGACAUGAUUUUCAGAGCCUUUUUUUCAGAGUUGAGCAUCUUUUCCUUUAAAAGAAAUAAAGGGCAAGAGGACCAAUUUUAUUUCUGGAGGAAAAAUGACACACCCUCCUCCCAAAAGAAAGAAAACUCUGGCCCCCACAACUUCAGCACUAAUUUAGCUCCCUGAGAAGGGAGAAAAUAUUCUGUCUUUAUUGAAGAGAAAUGGACAAUGCCAAUGUGAAGGUUCCUAGUCUUAUUUUCUAUUGAUGAAGACUACUAGACUACUAUUGCUCUUAUUUAGUAGAUCUUAUGCCUUUAGGAGUCGCCAGUAUAGCAGGUGAGGUUUAAAGAAAACAGCUGUGUGAUGAUAAAUGGUAAUUAAUAUACUUUGUCAGUGUCAGCGAACAAUAGGGAAUGGUGGUUACUGUGGCAAACUGAAGCGUUCCUGUUCCACCCACAGGGGGCAGUUUUCCAGCUGACUGUGGCUAUGAAGUAUUUCCUGAUCUUCUCAUUUUUCAAGAGAAGCUGACAAUCUGGAUUUUUAUUUGAAAAAUUCCAAUUUUAAAAAAUAUUGGCAACUAAGUUUGAAAAAUUUAAGUGAAUUUAGACUCGGCAGAAGAUGUGGCUGAACCUGAUUUGCUCAACUGACAACCAGUUUGUUACCUCUGCUUUAUAAGAUUUGAAGUGAAAGGCAUCCAUAGUAAUUACAGAUGGUGCCAACAGAAAAUGCUCUUGCUAAAUGCAGCCAGUAGCUAGAUUGCUUCUUUCUCCUGUCUCUCCUGCGAAGAAAUUUUAUGUGAUUCUGAAUGCAUUGGACAUGUCUUGAUUGCAUCUUUACAUUUCAUGCUGUCUUAAAGGCAAACCAGUUGUUAAUUUCAAAAUCAAAUUUAUGCUCACUCAGUUUAAAAAAUGCUAGGAACAAUUUCACUUAAACUCCACAAUCUAAAGAGCUAAACUUGUUUAUAGUUUUAGCUCUUGGCAUAAUAAUUUUUUUAAAUGGUGUGCAAUUCUGAGCAUAGGCCAAGACAUGAUCAGGAAAGCAGGGAUUUGUAGUGAGUAAAGCAGGGGAAUCUCCUGGCGUCCAUUAGAGCUAGGUAUUUGCAUUAUCUUCCAUUUUAAGUGCUCUGUGAAUUGACUCUGUUUUGGAGGUGUGAAACAGUAUACAGAGAAAAGCUUUUCCUGAUGUUGAGAUAUCAGUUAGGAGUCCAAGUGGGGUAUUGGGUCAUCUUUGCCAUAUCACCUCCUUUCCAGGCUCAGGGUGAAAACAGACAAAAGGAAAUCUGACUGCAAGCCAGUAGAUCUGAUUCCAGUUUCAGAGUUUAGGGACUGGAGAAAGUUUAGAUUAUCUAGCAUGUUUUCCCCCUGGUGUCAGACAGGGCUAUGCCUGAAUUAUUCCAGACAUAUGGCUGUAGAUGAUAUUUUGUAUUUUCCAAGAAGGAAAUUCUGUAACCUACUUUGCUGAUCAGAUAGUUCUUUGUAUGUCUUACAGAAAUUCAAGCCGGCUUCCUUUUGUUCGGCAUGUAGUGGAGAAAGAACAGCUGGUCACCUUCCAUGUAUUUAAAAACCACAGUGAAGUCAUCCCCCUGGUGUUUUUAUUUCAGUGAUAAAUAAUUCCACCCACUUAAACCAUUCUUCAUGGCUCUUGUUUUCCAGGGGCCUAAUAAUUUUCACUGCUAUAAUGUUUCUCAGCUUCACACUCAGUUUAGUUACCCAAACAGAAUGUUGGUGCCUUACUCACAUUGGGACCUUGUGAAGACCAGGCUCAGGGUGGGGAUUAUGGGGCAAUUCUUGCACGCCCAGCUCCUCUUACCACUUAUAAUGGCACUUUUACUAAAUGGAAUAUUGCCUAUAUUCAUUGAGAAUUGUAUGACUACCACAUUUUUUCCCUAGGUGAUAGUCAUCCAUCAUAUCUUGUGUUUGUUUUACUCCUGAGGUCAAACAUUUCGUGCUUAUUCCUGAUGUAUUAAUGUCAUUCCUGAGCUCCUUUGAGAUAACCUGUUGAGACCAGCUCUUACCUUCUGAGUGGCAGCUACCCGCUCCCUCCCAAUUUUAGAUCCUGUUUUUACACAGCUCUGUAGACAUCACCUUUAUUUCAUGACUCACAAUAUUAAAUGGUGCAGACUUCGGUUUAACCACUGGUGAGGUAACAGCAGUAAUUGCUAAGUGCCACCUUCCCGUUGCCAUUUGAGGGCUAAUUUGCAAAGAUAUUUGAAUCCUCCAGUGAAGAUGUCUGGGGAAUUUUGGCCGGUUGUCUUCCCUCUUGCUCUUUUGCUCUUUAAAAUUCAGCUGGGACCACAGACACCUCCAGGAUCUUGUUUACGUUCUACGCUCAAUUGACCAAGCGCAAUCAGAAGUCCCACAAAAGCAAACAGUUAUGACUGCAUGUCUGAUGUUUAUAUCAUAUAAAGUUUCAGGAAGAUUCAGAGGGAAUCUUCUAUUUGUACAUGACGUAGACAAAAUUAGCUGCUCCAUUUGUUAGACAAAAAAUUGCCACUGGAUUACACUAACAUGCUCAUCUUUUUAAAAAGUUUGGUAUGUUUCUCUAAAGAGAAAAGCAUGUUGAGUCUGGACAGCAGCAAAAGCUUCUGUGAAAACCAAACGUGUUCAUCUAGACAGUAAGUAACUCCUAUUUUUACUGUUUUUUUUAAAAGAGAAUUUUUCCCUAUGAAAACUCCCUGUUACUAUGUCCUAGGGGAGAAAGCCUGUGGAAUACAGUGGUUAUUGACGGCGUUGCCUUUGUUUCAUCUUUAAGUUUGUCCUUUUGAUAUCUGGUGGGAUAGUGAGCACUGAUGGAACUGUAGCAGUGUGCUGUAUUUUUGACAUUGAAAAUGUUAAUGACUUAUUUGAUUUGUAUAUAACUCUGUAAAUAGGUGAAAGUAGAUCACAGCUGACAUUUACAAAAUGUUUUUGUACCUUAGAAUUUCUGCAUUAAAUAAAUGUUUUAAGAUUGUA